AUGGCCAUGAAGCGCUUUAUUCCUCUCUUAUUUGCAACAUUCUCCCGCUGCUAUCCCCAGCUUUCAACAGAACCACCUCUCUCCAUCGAAAUCGACAACAGCUCUCUGACUACUUUAGGAGCCUCUACUGUGUCCAGAAAUGUCGCUCCUUACGAUGGGAACCAGACAAGCUACUACCUUGGCUACCGCGAGGCCGACUUUGCGAAGCCUUUCGCCAAGUUCUGGAAUCCUUAUGUCGAAGGUAUCUCGGAGGAAGUGCAGAAAGGGCUUAGUGCUAGCCCUCACGCGGCUGAAUUGACGUUCUCUGCAUAUGAUGCCGCCGAUUAUCUUACCAGACCAGGCUACCUUCAACUUGAAAACGGCUGGUCUUUGCGUUCCGACGGCUCGCUCAUGAUCGCUAUCCGCACCGAAAUGGGCAAUGUCACUGGCGAAAUGUACGAUUGGUGGUUCAGCUGGCACCUCGUCGAUUCAUCGCGAUACAAGCUCUGGGCGCCCAUUGCGCACCGCUACGCUUGGCGUUCACCGGAAACUCUCGUGACCAACGCGUCCGCACCGACAUCCUCACGCUACAUCGGCACUUAUUCGUUCAUUGACGAGUACAUCGGGAACAAUGCCGGGCAGCUGACCGUACAUUUCAUCGAUCCUGCUACUGAGCUGGGAUUCAACACUAGCUCCUACGCAUCCACCGGCAUCGAGACGAUUGUCACCGGGCGCCUCGAUUCCACCGGCCACACAACUAACGUUACGGGGCACUCCUAUCUCAUGCACCAAAUCCGUCAAUCUAGGAGAGGAGGCUACUCACGCUUUAUUGGCGCAUUGCAAUAUCGAGAUGAAGCAUCUGGCAAGCUUUCUACCUGA